AUGGCGCCCUACGAUAGUGACGACUCGCUGGACGACGAUCAAGAUUACACCGAGACGGAUGUCCUGUUGGGCUACGCAUCCAAAGACGCCAAUGGCGAGACGAUAAGUCGACUUGGCGGACGACCAGAAUGGCUCACCUCCCAAGCCCCAUCCUACACGCACGCCAAGUGCAAGAUCUGCUCUUCUCCCCUUGUCCAGCUGCUUCAGCUCAACGGCGAGCUACCCGACCGUUUCCCAGGCCACGAGAGGCGGCUCUAUGUCUUCAGUUGCCGCAAAAAGACAUGUAGGCGCAAGGAGGGCAGUGUCCGCGUGCUGAGGGCAACGCGCAUCUCCGCAGAUGCGGCUGCUAAGACGAGAGAGAGGCGGGAGCGUGAGGAGAGAGACAGGGCUGAGAAGGAGAGGAAGGAGGCGGAGAGAAAAGAGAAGGAGAAAGGUUUAGGCGAAGCUCUGUUUGGUGUGCAGAAAGGCGCCUUUGGUGGCUCUGCUGGACAGGCGAACCCUUUUGCGACAGGCGGCAGCACCCCGGGAGGGGGCGGCGCAGCGGCGAACCCCUUUGCAAAGCCGGCUGUGGGCGCUGUAACGAACCCAUUUAGCGCAGGCAGCUCAUCAGCCCCGUCAGAAAAAGAGAGGCAGCCAAAGCCGGCCGAAGAUGCAGCAGCGGACCUCCCUCACACGUUUGCAAAGGCUGUUUCCCUGAACAAUCCACAAGCAAAACCAGCUGGGCCCCCUCCCCCUCCCGAGCCAUGGCCACCAGAGUCCGACCUCCCGGCUCCCUAUGCAGUCAGCUACCUGGCUGAAGCGGAUUAUGAAACCCUCGACCCGCUCCCGCUACCGGCACAGAACAUCUCCACGACCAGCAUGGACAUCGACGACGGCACCGCUGGCUCGGGCUCCGGUGGCGGCGGCGGCGGCAAGGAGGAUAAAGACGUCUUCGAGUCAUCCAUAGACAGCACGUUCCAGAAGUUCGCCGACCGCCUUGCCCAGAACCCCGACCAGUGCAUCCGAUACGAGUUCGGUGGCGCCCCGCUGCUCUACUCCAAGAACGACGCAGUGGGCAAGAAGCUCCACGACGUCCCCGCCUCUGGCACCGGUCGCGUCCUCCCGCGAUGUGGACAGUGUGGGGCAGAGCGGGUGUUUGAAGUGCAGAUGACGCCGCAGGCUAUUGCUGAGCUGGAGAGCGAAGAGGAGGCCGGCGUUCUGGACGGGAUGGACUGGGGUACGGUGAUUGUUGCUGUCUGUGAGAAGGACUGCAUCCCGAGACACGUCGAGGAGGGCGAGGCUGGAUAUGUGGAGGAGUGGGUAGGCGUGCAAUGGGAGGAGUUGACUGCACGGAGGUGAUCAUGACUCUGCUUCAAAGGCGAUAGUUAGUUUGGAGGAUGGAAUGGCGUGAGUCCAGCAGGGGAACUGUCCCUUCACGCUUCAAUGGGGAAAAUCAUGUAUAGAGUGCAGCAUUGCGCAAACAAGAAUGGAGUUGCGAUUCAA